UUUCGAGGUUGAAUAGUCGUAAUGCGAGUUACAGUAGAAGAUCUGAUACUGCCUGCCAAGUGCUUGGCAGCAAAGGUUUGCUCUUGGUUGCGAUUCCACACUGUUUCUGGCGCUCAGGGGUAGGGAGCGAGUUCUGCUGCCACCGAGCAAGGAUCUUUCACGGAGCUGGUAUAUGCGGAGUCCAACAGAAGCUUGUGCAGGACUCUUGAGUUGUGCGUGCGAGGGCUGAGUGCCGGAAAGGUAUUUUCCGACGAAGAGUCAAUGUGGGCGUGGACAAACGUUUGAAGAGAUGGGUGUGGAUAUGAAGGCUCCGGCUAAGCAGUCGCUGGGAGUCGGACUGCUCCUGUGCUCUGUAGUGAUCCUCUCGGUGGUGAGCUCUGUGUAUGGCCAAGUUCAGACAGAUCCAGUGGAUACUACAGGCUUAAUUUCCAUGUGGUAUGACUUAAAACAGAGUCAAUCUCUCACGGGGUGGACUCAAAAUGCUUCUAACCCUUGUGGGCAGCAGUGGUACGGCGUUGUAUGUGAUGGCUCUUCUGUCACGGAAAUCAAAAUUGGAAGUCGGGGUUUGAAUGGAAAUUUUAAUCCUUCGUACUUUCAAAACGCUUUUAAAAAGCUUCGAAUUUUUGAUGCUAGUAACAACAACAUCGAAGGAAAUAUUCCUCAACAGUUUCCUACGUCUCUUACUCAAAUGAUAUUGAACAACAAUAAAUUGACCGGAGGUCUCCCACAGUUUGAUCAAUUGGGCGCCUUGACAGUCGUAAACUUGAGCAACAACAAUCUGACCGGCAACAUGAACCCCAACUAUUUCAAUGUGAUCGUGAAUGUGGAAACCUUCGAUGUUUCCUAUAACCAACUUGAAGGCACUCUUCCCGACUCCAUUCUAAACCUGGCCAAGCUUCGUUUCUUGAAUUUGCAGAACAAUAAAUUUAAUGGUAAACUUCCCGACGAUUUCUCUCGGCUGAAGAAUUUGCAGACUUUCAACAUUGAGAACAAUCAGUUCACGGGUAAUUAUCCAUCAGGUUUACCCAGUAAUAGCAGGGUUGGAGGAAAUCGUCUUACAUUUCCCCCACCUCCAGCCCCCGGCACACCUGCUCCCAGGACUCCUUCUCCUUCAGGAACAUCGAAUGGAUCAUCGUCGCAUCUCCCUCUAGGGGCGAUCAUUGGAAUAGCCGCUGGUGGUGCUGUGCUGCUUUUAUUACUAGCACUCGGCAUCUGUUUGUGUUGUCGUAAGCGGUCCAAGAAAGCAUUGGGCGAUCCAGAGGCCACGACCAGCAGCCGAAGACCGUGGUUCACACCUCCCCUCUCCGCAAAGAGCCAGAGUGAUCCCAGCAAGAGCAUAGACAAAACGACGAAACGCAACAUCUUUGGCAGCAGUAAGAGUGAGAAGAAAAGUUCAAAGCACAGAGUAUUUGAGCCAGCUCCUCUUGACAAAGGAGCAGCCGACGAACCAGUGGUGAAGGCGUCUCCGCCCGUCAAGGUACUGAAGGCUCCUCCUUCAUUUAAGGGUAUCAGCGGCCUGGGUGCUGGACAUUCGAAAGCAACAAUUGGCAAGGUGAACAAGAGCAAUAUUGCAGCCACCCCAUUCUCUGUAGCGGAUCUUCAGGCAGCCACAAACAGCUUCUCCCAGGAUAAUCUGAUUGGAGAAGGGAGCAUGGGUCGCGUGUAUCGUGCCGAGUUUCCCAACGGCCAGGUCUUGGCCGUGAAGAAGAUCGACAGCAGCGCGUCGAUGGUGCAGAAUGAGGAUGACUUCUUGAGUGUAGUAGACAGUUUGGCUCGCCUGCAGCAUGCUAAUACGGCUGAGCUUGUGGGUUACUGUAUUGAACAUGACCAACGGCUGUUGGUGUACGAGUACGUGAGUCGUGGAACCCUGAACGAAUUGCUCCAUUUCUCGGGUGAAAACACCAAGGCCCUGUCCUGGAAUGUCCGCAUUAAGAUUGCUUUGGGAUCCGCGCGUGCUCUGGAGUACUUGCACGAAGUCUGUGCACCUCCCGUGGUUCACCGCAACUUCAAAUCUGCCAAUAUUCUGCUAGACGAUGAGCUCAAUCCUCAUGUUUCGGACUGUGGACUAGCUGCCCUUGCACCAUCUGGUUCUGAACGCCAGGUGUCGGCACAAAUGUUGGGCUCUUUCGGUUACAGUGCCCCUGAGUACGCCAUGUCUGGAACCUAUACCGUGAAGAGUGACGUCUACAGCUUCGGUGUUGUAAUGCUGGAGCUACUCACUGGGCGCAAGCCUUUAGACAGCUCAAGACCACGAUCCGAGCAAUCUUUGGUACGAUGGGCCACACCUCAAUUGCACGACAUCGACGCCCUUGCACGAAUGGUGGAUCCGUCGUUGAAGGGCAUCUACCCUGCUAAAUCACUCUCUCGGUUUGCUGAUAUAGUCGCCCUUUGCGUCCAGCCGGAGCCCGAGUUCCGACCCCCGAUGUCUGAAGUGGUGCAGGCACUUGUAAGGCUGAUGCAGCGUGCGAGUCUGAGCAAACGCAGAUCGGAGUCCGCUGUUGGAAUUGAGUCGAACGAGCCAUCUGAGACUUCACUUUGAGAGUACUGAAGCGCCCACUAGCCUAAUCGUGCAUCUUUGGCCAUCUCGUUUCUGAGUGGAACACAAGCUGGGUAUAUUCUUUGGUGGUUAAGCAACAUUUUGUCACAAUUUGAACUUCAGCUGGAGAAGGGUCUGUAGUGUUGAAGAAAACGAAUGCAAAGCGUUUCGGCGUGGAUGUGCUUUGAGAACUUACAAAACUCAUCAAGACUUUGAAGAUCUUUGUAUUGCAUCGAAUCCUUUCAAUCAGUCUCGGGUAGGAUCAGUUCCUCUGUAUCGGAUACCCUUUUCAUCCUAACAUGGGACCCUUUUAAUCCAGAGGAUGGAGUGCUUGGAAUAGUGACCUUGGUCGAGAUUUCAUUGUGAAGCCUUGGUUUCGACUUGUAAUCCUAGAUCUCAGUUCACCGUUAAUUUAGAUAAAAAUGUGCUGAUAGUCUCAUUUAUUGUGCUUUCAUGGCCAGGUUAUUUUUUCCUCUUUCAGAAGCCUUCUUUUGUUUCAGCCAUCUGUUCUUUGUGAACUAAUCUGCCUAGUAGCCAAGUAACAGCAUUGUUCCAUCAAUCAGCUUGAUGCACGCUUUUCAAUACCUACGUUGCCGUCUAGUUUUAGUCCUUUGAUGUAAUUAUGUUGCUUAUAAACAGUGAAAUUGUUCACUACAA